CACCCACUGCCCAGCAAUCCCCUGAGGCAAGAGCGGGGCCUGAGGCAAGUCCAGCUCACACCCUGGCCGGGGGCAGGGAUGGGGCAGGUGGGGAAGGCUCCUGCUUGAGCUAUUGCAUCAGGCCCAGGCUGAGCAUAAAGGAGGGUCCUGUGGGCUGGGAGGAGGCAGACUCGGGGACCAUGGAGACCCAGAGGGCCAGCCUCUCCGUGGGCCGCUGGCCACUGUGGCUACUGCUGCUGGGACUAGCGGUGCCUUGGGCCAGCGCCCAGGCCCUGAGCUAUAGGGAGGCGGUGCUUCGAGCUGUGGAUCGCCUCAAUGAGCAGUCCUCAGACCCCAAUCUCUACCGCCUCCUGGAGCUGGACCUGCCGCCCAAGGCUCAGGACGAGGACCCAGACGCCCCGAAGCCUGUGAGCUUCACGGUGAAGGAGACCGUGUGUCCCAGGAGGACACAGCUGCCACCGGAGCAGUGUGACUUCAAGGAGAAAGGGGUGGUGAAACAGUGUUUGGGGACAGUCACUCUGGACCAGGUCAAGGACCAAAUAGACAUCAGUUGUAAUAAGCUCCAGAGUGUAAGGGGAUUUUUUCCACCACCAUUCCCACCUGGACCCUUCCCAUUUCCCCCUUUCCCACCAAUCCCGCCAAUACCACCAUUUCCAUUUCCGCGGCCGUUUGUUAGAAGACGACGGUGAAGGAUUGGCUGAUACCUUGCCCAUCAGAGGACU